AUGGCCACCUUACCAGAAGCGUUCGCCUGCCUGCUACUAAUCGUCGUGGUGGCGAACGGCUUGCCCUCCGGUUCGAAAAAGUAUUACUCCCAUGGUAGGAAAGCGCUGUCC